AUGCCUUCUGGUGUGGCUCUAUUAGUGAAUAUCACGUUGAAUUCUUUUCGAUUACUUUCAAUGGAUCAAAAAGAGGAAACGAUUCAAUUCCAGAAUGAGUUUUUGAUGCUCCUCGACCCCAUUUCUUACGCCGGGAACGCGGAAUGGAGGCUGGAAAAAAUUUUGGCUCAACAAGUCGAAACGCUCUUCGUCGGAGACUUGAAACAAGCCUGGACCGGGAAUUUCUCUCAAAUUCGAUACAGUAUCUACCUACAACGUGAACCAGUUUACUAUAUAAUGGUUAUACAAAUUCCAACAUUUAUCAUCGGCACAAUCACGAUCUUUGGCCUAUUCUCAUCAUAUUCUCAAAGAAUGGAACGAUGGCAUAUUCUAGACAUUGGACAAAACAUGUUAUUGGCGAUCUCCUACAUGCUUAAUUUGAUUUCGGACAUGAUGCCGAAAACAGCACAGCUGCCGCUUUUAGGAAAUUACAUCAUUGCUGAGAUUUUUGUGUGCGCAAUUGGGAUGCUUAUCUCGAUUGUGAUAUUGGAGUUUCACGCAAGGGCUGAUCAAAGGAAUUGGAGACCGCCAGAUUGGCUUUGCAAAAUCGUGCUCUUCUCUUGUCGUCGAAUGAAAGUCAAGGCAUUAGCACAGCCGGAUCCAGUUCGAAAACGAACAAUCCCAAUUACAAAAAUUGAUGAUGAAGUGGCUGACAUGUUGAAGUUAGAUCUAGUAAAAGGGCAAUUAAAAAAGAGUCUUCACCUUGUUCGAGAUUUCAUGGAAAGAGACGAUGCUGAGCAUGAAUGGAAAUUGUUAUGGGUGAUGAUUUUUGAUCGAAUCGAUUUCUUUUUUCUCUUUUUAUUUCAGAUUGUAAAUAUUGUGGUCUCCGCGUUGUUCAUGAGA